AUUGCGACCAUCCCUAGUUCAACGCCAUCUUUUUUCCGCAAAAUUUGUAAAUUUUUUUCUGGCUUGGGUGUGUUCGCUGCUGCUGCGUAGAAAAACUGCAAACUCACGGGCAAGCAGCUGCCUUCCACAUUGUAAAAUCAAAGAGCCGGACACCAGGAGAGAACAGACUCGGCACCUGGCAGCCCGGGACGAAAUCCGGACACGGGAAAGAAGGAGCGACAAGCUAGUGAAAGGAACACACAGAUACACAAAUUCUCAGAGAGAUGCCACGCUAUCGGGAAUGGGACUUGGCCUGCAAGGUCUACGUGGGCAACCUGGGCUCCUCGGCCUCCAAGUACGAGAUUGAGAAUGCGUUCAGCAAGUACGGACCCUUGCGCAACGUGUGGGUGGCCCGCAAUCCGCCCGGCUUCGCCUUCGUGGAGUUCGAGGAUCGCCGCGACGCCGAGGACGCGACCCGCGGCCUGGACGGCACCCGUUGCUGUGGCACCCGCAUCCGCGUCGAGAUGUCCUCGGGCCGUUCUCGCGAAGGACGAGGCGGUGGCGGCGGCGGUGGUGGCGGAGGCGGAGGAGGUGGCGGCGGAGCGCGAGGCGGAGGCGGCGGAGGAGCCCGUGCUGGCGGCGGAACUCGAGCUGGCGAUGGCGGCGGACGCUAUAGGAUAAAGUCUUCUUCUUCUACUACAACAAGCACAACAACAAUAAGAACAACAACAACAGCUACUACUACUACUACUAGAACUUCUACUACUCCUCUUCCUUCAACAACAAGAACAACAGCUACUACAAGAACAACUUCACGUCUCACCACUACUACUACUAUUACUACCACCACCAGUACAACUGCAGAUCCUGCUCCUCCUAUUACACACAUUUCACCAACACCAAAACCACCAACAAAGCCAUGUGUAGUCAUGUUUUCAACAACCAACAACAACUACAACUGCAGACGCAACUCGUUGUGUGGCUUUGGUCAGAUAUUCAACAAGUUCGAUAUAUUUCGCUGACCACACAACACCAGAACCCAUCACCAAACGACCGAAACCGCAACACUAUGUUACAACAACACAACAAGUCCAACACCAAAUACCCCACACCUUGAGCUCCGAAUCAGCAAUCAGCAAUCAUCACAGCUCAGCUCGGCAACGUCUCCAGCUCUGCAACUACUACUACCCAGAAUAGAGCACCCACAUCACACACACAAACACACUCGCAUCAUUCAUUAGUCCCCCUGUUGAAUUGGUCUGUCCAGAACCAUUAUUUCUUACCCCGCGGAGGGAGUCUACACUCGCAGGGAUGCAUAAUAAUCAACGAAACAGCACAAUGCAGCGCCAGAUUUUGAAAUCUAUUUUUAGUACUGAACUUUGUCUCGCUUUGCUUGGCCAACUGACAAAUGUUUCAUAAGCGCAAAAUUGUAUGCAGAUCGUUUUUAAUUAGCCGUUGGUUGAUAGCCUAAAAAAACAACACUUGGUCAAGUUCUCGAAAAGUUAAAUAUUUUCUGCAAAAAAUCCAUAUUUAAAAUUGAUAAGUAUUCAAAUUAAUAGGUUAAAGGUUAGUGGUGAUUUGUAAUGAAUAUUUUAAUAGCUGAAGGAUCAUUAUGCAUUUUAGAGUCUAGAGAACCUUCAUCCUUAACCUUUCCCCAUCUUCAGGCUUCAAGAAAAUACAAGCCUUAAAGUCACACAAUCAACAAUCUGCCAUUAAGAACACUAAUCACCAAAAGAUCAACUGCGUCCUCAACAUCGGCGGCAACAGAGCAACUCCAUAACCGUACCGGCCAAACUCCAUCAAGAAUCUAACUCCAAAUCUCUGCAUACUCAUAUAUGUAUAACUAUAUAUAGAAUAUAUAUUUAUACAUUCACCACUUGAGCAACGCUUCAAUAUGUCAACUUCCAACGCCUCCAAGAUCUUCGGCUGUGUCUUCCUGCUGACUCGAUAUCGAAGCCAGUCUGCUACUUCUCCGUCCAUCGACUCUCUUCCGUCCCCAACAAAACAACCAACCAAACCACCAAACAACCAACCAACCAACCACCUCAUCACUCGUCAUCUCUAGUGCAGCUACAGCAUCAGCAACCAGCUUCAGCUACGGCUACCAGAACAACAGCAACAACAGCUACUCCAGUCCAACAGCAGGCAGGCAGCCUUCAGGCAGGAACCAGCAAUAGUGUUGGACGGAACUCAAUCCUCUGGGCUUUGGUUCCGCCGUAGAUCUCUUGUUGGUUCCACCGCACCCAGUAGUUGCACCUUUCCCUUGAAAUCAAUCAAGAUUGAGGAUGCUUUUACGCUAAUAUACCUUCAAUCACAGCAAGUAUGAAACCUUUCGCAGCCCCCGUUUGCUCCUUUAUUGCGCCCCAAACAAAACCAAAAAAACAUAAAAAAUGAAAGAAAACGGGCAAACGAAACGAAAACGUAUCGUAAUCGUAAACGUCUCUAACCAAAAUAGUUUGUUAUUUUUUCUUAUUAUGGUUUCUGCUAAUAUUUUUUUGUCUUUCGUUCUUGUAUCCUAACACCUACUGAGAUAAUGUUGUUCAAGCUAACUGUCUGCUCUGUAUAGUCUAUAUAUAUACUAAACAGUGUAUAUAUACUUAUGUACUACUUGUUUGUGCAUUGACUCAAAGUCUGACUCUUCACCAACGAACCAAUUAAGCAAAGAACCAACCGACCGACCAACCAACCGACCCACCAAGCACCAGAAUCAGCAGCAGGCAGGGCCCUCUUCAAGACUUCGUUUCCGUCUUCAUCUCAAGCUCCAAGUCUCUCCACAACGCGCGGAUGGUAGGAGCACCACUGACCACCAACCACAACCACAAUUACAACCACCAACCUGCUCCCUUCUUGCUGCUAACUGAUGCUUCCCCACAACUGCUUCUUCAUCUCCGACCCUCGUUCUUCAGCUGCUGCAACUGCAAGAAUGCGGAAUGAAACAGAGAUCAGAAAGAGUCACCAAAUAUUCACAUAAAAAAACAAAAUAAAUAAAUAAAAAACUACACACACCAACCAAAAACCACCAACAGCCACAAUGAACACCACCUUAGUCACAGUCAAUCAGCUCAGAAUAUCAACUCAGUAUCAGUAUCGUAUCAA